AUGGAUCAUCAGCAUUGUGUGGAGUGUACCAAUUUUAUGAAGGAAAAAAAAAAGGAUGGAAGGGGUCCUCAUUUGGAAAAGCUCCCCAUUGAUGUUAACGGUGAGAAGUUCCGCCAGGAUUUUAAGGGUUACUUGAAGAAUGUGAACCAAGCAUUUCUGCACUCGCGCCAUGAAGUGUUUUCCGCUUGCAACUGGAGCAAUUUGGAAAGGGUCCUAGCCGAUUACGGGUCCAGCGAUGUUGUAAAAGCGUUUAGUGAGAGAUUGGGUUGUGCGCGCAGUUUUAGGCUGGAGUUGACAGAGAGUUAUAAGAUGCACAAGGAGGAUCAGUACAUGGAAAGCACUUUGGAGAGGGAGAGCCACAUUAGACACCGCAAAUUAAAACAGAGGCACUACGAGCAGAUGGAGAAGCAGAUGUUCGCGCGGAACCAGAGGGAGUACAGGGACUUCGAAAGGGCAGAGCUGCAAAAAGAGCGCAAAGAGGGGAAACAAAAAAUGCAGGGCGUGGUGAAGAACAUCAUCCACGCCGCGUUCAAGGUUGCACAAAUCGGAACCACCUACGGCGAUGCCUAUUUUUACAACACUUUGUUCUCCUUGGAAAAGUUUUUUUUUAUGAGGAAAAUAAAAAAUAUGAGUGAGCUUUCUCAAAAUAACACCCGCAUAAAUGAGCUAACUGUGGCGAGCACGCCAAUGGGCGUGAUUCAGAAAGGGGAGAAGAAAAAAGGGGAAAAGGAGCAAAAAAUGGAGGGGAAUAUAAAUGGGGGGACGUCUACGGGACGCUUCCUUCGGGGCUCGCCUAACCAGCUGAAUUUUCUGAGAUGCCAAGGGACCGUGGACAGUUUUUUCCUCCUGGAUCUGCAAAACGUGUCAGGAAAAGAACACAGCACAGAAAAACGUGCAUACGUGCAUAUGUUGACGUAUCUAGCUAACCAAGGCGAGAUGUCUGGAGUGAACAGGAAAGAACUCCAUUCAGAACAUCCGGAUAUACGUUAUGGAAAGCGCUACUCCGAUUAUAGAGCAAAAAUGUUGGAGGGUCUCCCACAGGUCGAUAUGAAUUACGUAAAGGAGAGAAUGGAGGAUAAACACUUUUCCACUUUUCCAAUGGAUGUUCUUGAAGAAAAAUUAUAUCUACUACGAUUCUAUGUACCAAUUUUUUUUUUUUUUUUCUACAUUUCCAGCCCAAGGGAGAGGCAUUCCUGGGGGAAGUCCACAUUGCCGGUAAAAAUUGCAAUCACCGGGAAAAUCAAAAAAGACGCGGAGAGGUUGGCUGAACAUCUAAGGAGGACAUUCCGCCUGAAGGUGUACAACGUUGAUAAUAUAGAAGAGGACGUCCGACGGAUCUGCAGCAGAGGGAGCAGUCACGAUGACCCCAGGGAGGAGACAACUACACACACACAAAUGAACAAAAAGAGAAUCGCCAGGAAAAUAAAAAGGAUUGCUCAAACAUUAAGACAAAAAAAUUAUAAAGAAAAAAACAAGGACAGUUUGUACGCCGAUUUAUUAUAUUACAUCAUAAAGUAUGAUUAUGAUCUGUUUCAUGUGAGCAGAAGGAGGAGGAAGAAGAAGAAGAGCCAAGGGUUAAUAAUGGAAUUGUCCACAAACGAAGAAACAAAGAACUCAAAAAGGAACAAGUACAAAGGAUACAUCAUUGUUAAUUUUUUUUAUUCCCUAAAACAAUACGUCCUGUUUGAGCUGAAAGCGAAGAAGCUUUUUAUCUUCAACGAUUUUUUACAUGAACAUGUUCGUAAUUUACAAAGGGAGAAAAUAACACGUGAUGAUAUCCUCCAAACCAAUAACAAUCAACCAGAGCUGCAAAAACAAAAGGGAGACUCGAAAAAGGGAGUGAACUAUCCUUGUAGGAAAAGUUCUAUAAACGGAAAGAAUAAACCUAAUGGUAAAAAAAAGCAAAAUGGUAAAGCUGGCACAGGGGUGAGUCGUCUCCUCCCCAAUGAUAUCGAAGUUGAUGGAGAGGAGGAAGUCACAACAGAACAGUUUCGAAUCAACGACAUGGAAAAAAAAAACAUUUUAUUCUUCUCCAAUUUUAUUUGCAACAUUGAUGAUGAGAAUCGGGUCAAGGGAAGGCACCACUUCUCCGGGGCCACUGACUUACACUUUUAUGUAAAUAGGAGCAAUAGGGAGAUGAACAGAAUUUUAUUUCGCCGUAUCACCAAGGGGGAACUCUCCACCGAGGUUGGCAGAGAAAAGGACAAGGCUUGCCAUACGGAGGGAAACUUUUCCCCAAAGAUAAGUGAUGGAUUCGUAAAAAUGAAAAGAAUUAACAUGGCUACCCUCCUCAGAAGGGAAAGCGACACUGAAUUUGAGAACCCACAAAUAUAUAAAAAAAAACACACAAUCAGGUGCAGAAUUGUAAGUGCGAAAAGGGUUCCUAAAAGGGCCCCUAAAAAGGCUCCUAAAAAGGCUCCUAAAGAGGCUCCCAAAACGGCUCCUAAAAAGGCACAAGACCAAAAAGACACCAAGUGCACCUUUUCGGAUAACCACGCUGUCGAUCCUGAUGAGGAAAAGUUCCGCUCCAAUUUGCAUCUAAUGAGACAGAUUUUCCAGAUGGACCGGAACUGCCAAGAGGUAGAAGCAUUCCUAAAAGCCUACGAUGGGGGGUCCACAUACCCACGGUUUCAUCUACUGGGGAGGCACCCGUGCAGGUCGGCGAGUCUUCUUCUUUCGAAGGUUUUGCGGAGUGUAGGGGAAGUGGGUGACCCCGGGGAAGGAGACACGAGAAAAGAAGACGCCAAAAUGGAGGGUAGUAACUGUGGCGCUAAAAAAGGCUCUCAUCCAGGGGAAGACCCCCUCCCACGCAGGAUGGACAGCCACACGGCCACCUACUUCAAACUGCGUUACUGUAACGUUAUGAAGGAGUACGUAUGUCACCUGUUCAACCUCUUCGUGUGGAAAGAAAAUUUGAAAAAAAACGUAGAGCAGACGGUUCAACACGUACACAAAAAUAUGCACACGUUCAUAGAUGAUGUGAAUUUUGAACCCAUUAACGAAAUUAUCCAAUCUUACAACCGGUUGAGAAAAUCUGGGAUUCAAAAUAAAAAAGUCGAGCUAGUCUUGUGUAAGGAAAUAAAUGCCAUUAUGAUAAAAACCUGGCUCCAUAUUUUGAAGAAGAAAAAGGAAUCUAGAGAAAUGGAAAAAAUGUUCAUACAAAAAUGGAUAGACAUGAAAAUAUUUCUUCUGAUCUUUUUUGCCUUUUACUCGAUCAGCAUAGAACAUGCGUUGUAUAUUAAUCUGUCCCAUUUUGUAAAUGAAAUGGUGUGUUACUUGCUCAGUGAGGAGGAUGGGCGAUCUCCUCCAUCCAAAAAUGAGAAAGAGAAACAUUUACUCAUUUUUAAUUAUUUCCCGAAAAGUAAAAAAGAUUUCUACUCAUUUCAGGGAGAUAAUUAUGACUUCCCAUUUUUGCAAAGUGUUCGAGAAGAUGUGUGCAAAUUUUUAACGGACCAUCUGAACGGAAAAAAUUCGAGCAAGGCGCGAAGUGAUGAGUCGAGUGACCACGAUAGCCCUUUCCACACAGGACGUGAAAAGGAUAUCCUGCGUUUGGCCAAAGAGUUCCAUUUCUUAAGCAGCUGUAAAUUUGUUCAUAAAUUUAAUUGCCUUCUAAACGAUACGGUGUCUACUCUCAGAGCGUACUUUUUCAUUUUUCAUGACCUUAACAAUUACAUGAACGAUUUCAUCGCCUUGCAUUACUUCUCCAUUUACAAACAAGUCAAUAUCACCUGCGCGCGGGUUAAAAGGGCCAUCCAAAGUGGCAGGCAUAUCAAUUUUUUCUACAAAGGAGGGAGGCUUCGAAAAAGAAAAGAAGAAAGACGUUUUCGGGAUGGGAAUGGAAAAGGGAGGAAGCCCUCGUGUGGCACUUUGGUCCAAUCUAGGCAGGGGAAAGACAAUUCAGUGAACACUUCAUACAAAUCUUCCAGAAGGAGAAAAAAAAAAUACAACAUUAAAAACGAGGAACAUUCCUUUUUUAACAUCACCGAAAUGAAACACUCUCUGCGAAAAAACAUCAUGUUUAUUUUUUUAAAAAAUAUCUUAAGUCAUAUCUUUGUUGAACAUCACUCCCUUAUCAUAUCCAGAGAAGACCUCCAAAAUUUUAUCACAAAGAGUCUCCUUUUUGUAAAGCAUAAGACAGAACAAGUUUGUAUUUCCAAGUUCAUUGGUGGUACUCUCCUAGACACCUACUUCAAAGAACGCACUGUGUCUCCGGAGCCGUUCCUCCUACAAGGAAGUGAGAAAAAUGAACAUAAUGAUUCGUCAUGUGUCUUUCUUAUAACGGAGGGGAAACUAAAAAGAUAUAUUUUCCCGAAUUACUUUAACGUCCUGGAACAGAAAAUUGCAUCGAAGGGACAGCUCAGUGAGAGCGAAAGGCUGCAGGUGCUGAGGGACUGUCUCUCCUUUGGGGCAAGCUUGACUGAUGAGGAAAGCCCGCUUGGACGAGGUGGUUUGAUUGAGCAGGGUGUGACCACAGGGGUCGGAAGUGGCGGAGAAAAAUGUGACUCGGAAGACGCCGCGAAUGUUUUCGCAGAGGAUGCAGCUAAACACGCAGCUAGCCAAAACUGCACAGAAAAAAACCACCUGAACAACACACAAAAAAAAAAAAAUUGCGAAGAAAGCAUUGACUAUUUCACAUUCGCACAAUUUGCCGCCUUGGGAUUAUUUGACUUUGCCAAGGACACACAAAAAAAACUCACAAAGGAAGAAACAAAAAAGCAAAACUACGAAAUUUAUCUGCUGAAUAGAUUUGUUUUUAAUUUUUUAUUUUCGCUUAGUUUAUUUCCUAAUUUUUACGAACAUGUCCAAAUUUAUGUAAGAAAAUAUUUGUUGAAAAAAAAUGCAGAAGUGGUCUCCUCCUUUGAAAAGUGCGUCAUGGAGAAAAUGAAGAGUACAGGGGGGAGAGAAUAUGUCCACGUCGCCCCUGCGCAGGCAUGGGGGGAGGGAGUAAAUGAUUUGAGAAAGGGGCAAGACCAUUCUACGACCAUGUUUAAUACAAAAAAAAAAAAGGUAUGA